AUGGAGCCAAAGAUUCACACACUAUUUGAACCUGUGACAGGCACGUGGCAGUAUGUUGUCGCGGAUGAAAAGACAAAGGAUGCCGUAAUCAUCGAUUCUGUUCUUGACUAUGACAAAGAGACGGGCAAGGUGUCCACACACUCGGCCGACCAGAUUCUCGACUUGGUGGCAGAUCAGGGAUACACUAUUUCCAAAAUACUCGAGACUCAUGCCCAUGCCGACCAUCUCACCGCGUCCCGAUACCUUCAGAACGUCCUUGCCGGGCGACAGCAAAACGCGCCCCGUCCCGAAGUGUGCAUUGGUCAACGCAUUCGGCAGGUUCAGGAAACCAUGUCCAAAAUAUACGGCGUGCCUCAAUCGGACCUAGUCGACGCAUUCGACCAUACUUUCUCUGAUAACGAGACCUUUGCCAUUGGAUCCAUCGAGGCACGUGCUGUCCACCUUCCAGGCCAUACGCCUGACCACCUUGGCUACAUCAUCGGUUCCAACGUCUUCACUGGGGAUUCAAUCUUCAACCCGGACGUCGGCUCGGCACGCUGCGACUUUCCUGGAGGGUCCGCUACCGACCUUUAUACUUCGAUGCAAAAGCUCUUGUGCCUUCCAGGGCACUUCAAGCUGUACACUGGGCAUGACUAUCCACCAGACAGUCGAGAUGUGCCCAUUGGGCAGCAUGUGGAUGGGAGCAAGGCCGUGCCGUUCACGACGGUUGAAGCUCAGGCUAGGGAGAACAAGCAUGCCAAGCUGGGCACACAGAUGGAAGACUUUGUGACGUGGAGGUCAGAAAGAGACAGCGGUCUGGCUGAGCCCAAACUGCUCGCCCAGGCUAUGCAGGUUAAUAUUCGGGGUGGGAGACUCCCCACGCACAGCUCAGAGGGGUUCAAGCUGACCGAAGUACCGGAGCGAGUGGCCAAGGUGGUUCAAGCUGCAUUGUAG